UAACUUGACGUGGUGAACAUCCUCCCACCACAAUAAAAGCCUCCUCCCUCCACUGUCACACUGCGGUGUGUCGUGUCGGGAUGCGUUUACGGACCGGUACCAGCCCACCAGCGGCUCACCUGUCACUGUAACCCCGGUGUACUUCCCGGUCCCAGAGCAAACAACACCCGUUUUUUUUCUCACGAGCUUAAAAUGUUUGCGGUGGCUGCUGACAAUGGCGGAUUAACGAGUUUACCGGCGGUUUUACCGACGCUGCGGUGACUGGUGUCUCCUCACGGAGGGAUGUGAACGGCGACAACAGGCAACCACAGCAACUACCGGUAGUUUUUAACGUUUUUCCUCUCCGGUUUUCCGGGGGUGACUGUUGACAGCGGGCUAACGUUAGCUAGCUUAAAUCAGGAUGAACGGCGGCGGCAGCUCGGCCCGCAGCCGCUCCGGUCGUCCUCUGACCGCCGCAUAGCACCAGAAAAACACGGUUUUACACGGACACCGAUUUAUUCAGAGUUUGUCCCAGUUCUGGAGACCGAGUCCACAUGUUCUGGACUAAAAGAGACCGAUGUAGAUCAUUCGGCCUCCGGUAAAUUUCUCCGGAGCGAUGCGGACUUCAGGAUCCAGAACCAGGAGAAGCUGAUCGCCGAACAUUGACAGAAAAACACCGGAUUUUAAACGGAAACCGAUUAAUUUAGUAUUUUCUUUGCUUCUACCGUUCAAGUCUAAAUAUUCCAGAUUAAAGGAGACCUCGGGGGAUAAUUCGGCACCCUCCUCCCGAGCUAUGGGGACUUGAGGUCCGGACAGGACGAGGAUCCAGAACCUGAGCGAAGCCGUCUCCGCCGAGCAGCGCCAUAGAAAUCAGAGCUGUUAAAGUCAAACAGUUUGUACUGAGGUUCCUGAUUGUUCUGAACGCGACUCCUUAUGAUCCGGAUCAACACAGACCUCUGCGGGUAGUUCGGCCUCAACCAUGGGCACUCAGGGACCGGGCAGGAAGAGGAUCCCGAACCGGGAGAGGCUGACCGCCGAGGAUGAUGCUCUGAACCAGAUCGCCCGGGAGGCGGAGGCGAGGCUGGCAGCGAAGCGAGCGGCGAGAGCCGAGGCCCGAGAGAUCAGGAUGAAGGAGCUGGAGAGACAACAGAAGGAGCUCUUCCACAGCCACAAGAAGUAUUAUGGUCUGGAUAAUAAAUGGGGUCACAUUGAACAGUGGAUGGAGGACAGCGAGCGUUACUCUCGCCACUCACGGAGACACACUUCGAUCUCCGAUGACGAGGAGAGGAUGUCUGUGGGGAGUCGAGGGAGUCUAAGGCCUUCAGACUACAGUGGGUUUCUGGGCUCCAGUUCUCGAGCCUCCUCCAGGGCCAGUUCAGCUCGUGCGAGCCCAGUGGUGGAGGAGAGACCUGACAGAGACUUCCUGGAUAAAGGCUCAAGGACGGCGUCCACGCUGUCAGCCGCCACACUCGCCUCGCUGGGAGGAGCCUCGUCCCGCAGAGGAAGCUGUGACACGUCCUUCUCCGUGGAAACGGAGGCGUCCAUCAGAGAAAUCAAGGGCCCUCUGAACUGUGUCUGUCUGUGGUGCGUUCAGGACUCUCUGGCGGAGGCGGAGGAAAAGUACCGUAAAGCGAUGGUUUCCAACGCUCAGCUUCACAACGAGAAGACGACUCUGAUGUAUCAGGUGGAGACUCUGAGGGAGGAGCUGAGCGACAUGGAGGAGGUGCUGUGGGAGGCACGACGACACUGUGAUGACACCACAAAGGAGUUUGAACGUGAGCGUCAGGCUCACUCUGUUCUUCAGUUUCAGUUUAAAGAGAUGAAAGAAACUCUGAGACAGACGGAGGAGCUGCUGACGGAAGUGUCUGAGCUGCGACUGAAGAGCAGCAGCUACUGUCAGGAGGUCUCUGACCUGCAGGAAGCUCUGCAGUGGAAGGAGAAGAAGAUCUCGGCGUUAGAGAGGCAGAGAGAAAUCUCCGACAUCGUUCGGAUUGAACGAGACCGACUCAGAGACGAAGUGAUCCGACUGCGAGAUUUACUGAAGAAACACGGCGUCGUUGUCUCACCUGAAAUCACCACCAACGGGGAGACGGGACAUGGCGAGGCUGACGAUGAUGUCAGUGCAGAGUCUGGCUCUCAAUUGGCUCAGGAGGCAUCACAUGGCAGAGAGAGCAUGCUGGGGAAGGCAGCAGAGCGUCGUCCAGCAGGGGGCAGCAGAGUCCCACAGGACGACAGGAAGCUCAACCUCCAGACGUUUUACAGACGCUCUCAGUCUCUGAACGAGGAGAAGGACCAGCUGAGCAGGAGGGAAAAACAUCAGGGAAGAAACAGAACAAAACCCAGAAACACUACGAGUGUAAAGGAUCUGAGGUUUACAGCUCGGCAGGAUGAUGGCGUUAGAAAGAAGGUUCAGACCCAGCCAGGACCUGACCCAGCUUUAAAAGGCAGAACCAAACCUGACAGAGGCUCUGAAUUCAGACCAGAGACAUCUGCAGCUUCACUCCUGGCUGUCCCUGUGGUGGAAAAGAAGCGCUCCUUUGAAGGUCCGCUUACACCUGAGGAAGUGGUUUCACCUGUUUGCAGAACCUCGACUAGUAGACUCCUCAGAUCCAGACUGGUUCCACCUCGACCUGCAAAGGACAUCAUCCUGGACAACAAGGCUGUCGUGUCGAGUUUCUUCUCUGCUGAAAAACUAAACUCUCAAAAACAAGACGCCAGAGGAAAUGAGUUCAUGGCAACGUGUUCGUCAACAGGAAGAGACGGACCAGGUUUACGAGGGGAGGUCGUGUCUGAGAGAGCUCAGUGCAGUAAAGAACAGAAAAUAGAUGAAGUUAGUUCUCCAACAUCAGAGAAGAGUGAAAUAAAUGAAGCUGCUCCUGAAGAGACAAUCACAGGUUUGUCUGUUAAUGAGACGGUUGUGUUGACAGAUCAGAUCUCUGAGCAACAACAGACUCUGAGUGAAACUGAUGACGGUGGAUCUGAAGACCUGAACGAUGAAACCCAACUGAAAACCUCAGGGCUCGAUGGAGAGGAGGCCGUUAAUGGAGGGACAGUUCAGGAACCAGAGGAGCAUGAAGACCUGGAGAGAGGAGCUGAACGUCCUGACAGUAAAGACCAGACUGUUACUGUGUCCGGGUUAGAGGACUGGACUGGUCUGGAAAAGACGAUUCAAAACAUCCUUAGAGGGUUUGUUGAAAGUCUGGGUUUGGGAUCUGAGACCUCAGGUUCUGUGAACCGGUGGAUUUCAGACCUGGAGGAGACUCUGAGGAAAUCUGUGCUGAAUCAGCAAGAAUCAACAAACCAAAUGAAACCUGAACUGUCUCUGACAGAUCCUGGAUCAAGACCUGGACGACCUGCAGUACCGAACAGUUCAGUCUCUGAGGUGUUACAGGGGGAGGUCCAAACCCAUGAGGUCUCUGUGGACUCACCUGGUUCCAGAGGUGAAGUCCAGGUUCAGGAUCUCAGAGAAGAACAAACCUCAGAGGUCGUGUCUGGGAUGAAUCAGAGUGACGUAAAGGUGACGAGCUGCCAGAAGGAUUUCGUUUUCAUCGAGUCCUACUUUUCUGAACCGGUGAAGACCAGAUCGGUGGAGUCUGCUUCAGAUCAGGGUUUGGUAGAAACAGCAGUCAUGUCUAAAACAAAUGACCGAGAUGAAGAUCUGAAGGACGUCCAGCUGAAACGACAUCGAACUUUAUCGACAAACUCUGGUGCGGAUCAGAGUUCAAAGAUCAGACGACUUUUAGAAAUCACCGCAGAUGAAAUCCGAGCGAUGGCUGUUCCUGAGCUGGUCCUGAAGAGUCUCCGAGACGGGAGAGUCAUCGAUGAGUCGCCGCCGUCAAACCCUGACAACGUGGAGGAGAGGUCAAUCGAAGACAUGGACAGCUGCGAAGAGGCCGAUGAGAAGGACACAAUGCAGCAACUAGCAACGCAACCACAGUGCCAACCGGUGACGGAGGUCGUCAUCGAAGACGUGAAAGUCGUUCCAGCAUCGAGGAAAAGAUGGAGUCUGGACGACAGGAAACAGAAGAACACAGCCGAGUGUCAGAUCUCAUAAAGACUGAAGUCAGAUCUGAUGUUUCUGAUCAAUGUUCAUCAAUAAAACCAAUAAAACUGAUUGAGUUGAA